CCUAACCGCAACCCACCCUACAUCAAAAUCUCUAUAAAAACUCCACAACCCCUUAAACCAUUUGAACACAAUCCAAACCACAUUAAACUCCAAACACACCAUGGAUCUCCGUCUCUUGGAGAAGACCCUCGUAGCCCUCUUCAUCGCCGCAAUCGUCGCCAUUGCCAUCUCCAAACUCCGCGGCAAACGCUUCAAGCUCCCACCGGGACCCAUCCCCGUCCCCAUCUUCGGCAACUGGCUCCAAGUCGGCGAUGACCUCAACCACCGCAACCUCACCGAACUCGCCAAAAAAUUCGGCGACAUCUUCCUCCUCCGCAUGGGCCAACGCAACCUCGUCGUCGUUUCCUCGCCGGAGUUAGCCAAAGAAGUGCUCCACACGCAGGGCGUCGAGUUCGGCUCACGCACACGCAACGUCGUCUUCGAUAUCUUCACCGGCAAGGGACAGGACAUGGUCUUCACCGUCUACGGCGAGCACUGGCGCAAGAUGCGGAGGAUCAUGACGGUGCCGUUUUUCACCAACAAGGUCGUUCAGCAAUACCGUCUCGGCUGGGAGGCCGAGGCCGCCGCUGUAGUCGACGAUGUCCGGCGAAAUCCAGAUGCCGCCGGAGCCGGAAUUGUGAUUCGGCGGAGGCUGCAGCUUAUGAUGUACAACAACAUGUAUCGGAUUAUGUUCGAUCGAAGGUUCGAGAGCGAGGAGGACCCUCUCUUUCAGAAGCUUAAGGCUUUGAAUGGGGAAAGGAGUCGUUUGGCUCAGAGUUUUGAGUACAAUUAUGGAGAUUUUAUCCCCAUCUUGAGACCCUUUUUGAAAGGUUAUUUGAAGAUUUGUAAAGAGGUUAAAGAUAGAAGGUUGCAGCUUUUCAAGGAUUUUUUCGUUGAUGAGAGAAAGAAACUUGGAAGCACCAAGAGCACAAGCAACGAAGGACUUAAAUGCGCCAUUGACCACAUUUUAGAUGCCCAGAAGAAGGGCGAGAUCAACGAGGAUAACGUCCUUUACAUUGUUGAGAACAUCAACGUUGCUGCAAUUGAAACAACUCUGUGGUCAAUCGAGUGGGGCAUAGCUGAGCUUGUGAACCACCCAGAGAUCCAAAAGAAGGUGAGGGAUGAGAUAGUGAAAGUUCUGGGACCAGGACACCAGCUAACAGAGCCAGACAUCCAAAAGCUCCCUUACCUUCAGGCAGUGAUCAAAGAAACCCUUCGCCUUAGAAUGGCAAUCCCACUCCUUGUCCCACACAUGAACCUUCACGAUGCAAAGCUUGGUGGGUAUGACAUCCCAGCUGAGAGCAAGAUUUUGGUUAAUGCAUGGUGGCUUGCCAAUAACCCAGCUAAUUGGAAGAAACCUGAGGAAUUCAGGCCAGAAAGGUUCUUUGAGGAGGAGUCACAUGUUGAGGCCAAUGGUAAUGACUUUAGGUACCUUCCCUUUGGUGUUGGAAGAAGAAGCUGCCCUGGAAUCAUUCUUGCAUUGCCUAUUCUUGGCAUUACUUUGGGACGUUUGGUCCAAAACUUUGAGCUUUUGCCUCCUCCUGGACAGUCCAAGAUUGACACUAGUGAAAAAGGAGGCCAAUUUAGUUUACACAUACUUAAGCAUUCCACCGUUGUUGCAAAGCCUAUAUCACUUUAGGACUUGCAUCAAUCAAUCAAUCCCCUUUAUUUUAUUUUUCUUUCUUCUUACUCCGUGUAUUGUAUCAAUGCUUCAAGUGGGGAUGUUCCUGAAAUGCCACCUGCCAGUGGGUAGGGAAUGUUAUUAUGUGGUUCUCCCAUUGUAAAUCUCUGAACUUUUAAGUGAUGGUUUCGAGAUGAUUUUGUAAUAAGUUUUCUGUCUUUAUUAUUUUGUUUCCUAUUUUUUAUGGUAGUAUUAUCACUAGCAUGC